GAGUCAUGCUUUACAUGGCAGGCCCUGCACCCCGCUGGUCUCCGAGGCCCCUGAGUCUCCACAGUGGCACCCAAGCCCUGGGUGUCACCCUCUUCCUAAUGACAUUGUUCCUGAUGGACUCCACCCUUGGGAGAACCAUUCUUCUCGACGGACCCCCUCUGCCACCUCCACUACCAAAGUACCUGCGCUGCUAUCGAUGUCUGCUGGAGACCAAAGAGUUGGGGUGCCUUCUGGGGUCUGACAUCUGUCUCGCGCCUCUGGGCAGCAGCAGCUGCGUCACCCUGCACAUAAAGAACAGCAGCGGUCCAGAUGUCAUGGUGAGCGACUGCCGCAGCGGAGAGCAGCUGUCUGACUGUUCGCACACCCAAGCCUCCCCCGUGUUCGGUUUCUGGAUAUUCUACCAAUGCUGCUUCAUGAAUUUCUGCAACAGCCCGAAAAACAGAAGGGUUAUGAUGCACUGAGC